GUGGAAAUAGGGGAAGGGGUCAGAUUUAUCCUGAUGGUAGCAAAAGUAACAAUACAGUUUAUAAUGCUACGGCAGGAGGGAUAAUAAGCAAAAUUUUACGAAAAGAAAAAGGGGGAUACGAAAUAACCAUAGUGGAUGCAUCGAAUGAACGCCAAGUAAUUGAUAUUAUCCCUCGAGGCUUAGAACUUCUUGUUUCAGAGGGCGAAUCCAUUAAACUCGAUCAACCAUUAACGAGUAAUCCUAAUGUGGGUGGAUUUGGUCAAGGGGAUGCGGAAAUA